AUGCCAACCGUAAAUCCAGUGGUCGCCACCAUACUUCACCUCCUCCAAACCGCGGCAACGCUUUGCAUGGGGAUCGUUUUCCUAUACCUCGCUCGUCGCGAGCCCGAAAUCAAGUUCUACGCAUUCUAUGCUGGAGCAUACUCAACCGUGAUGGGUGCUGUUGCGCUGAUUCGCUCAAGAAGCGUUUAUCGCAAGGCUCUUGCAAAGAAGAACGAGGCUACCCAGUCGAGCGCGGAUACUGCGCCUGAAUCCACUGGAACGGAGGGCGUUUGGGAAGAUGAGAAGCUUCAAGGAGUUCCCAAGACCACAGACUUAUUGGUCUAA